AUGGCCGAUACAAUAAAAACCACCGUAACAUCGCCGCAGCCAGAAUCAGAAAGAAGCUGCGUCAAAAGAAGCAGAUCGGAGGAACUAGUUGCUGCUAUAAACGAAGAAAGGAAGAAAAAUGGAGAAACCCUAAUAUCGCUGAAGAAGAUGGCAGACACCGCCGAGGAAUUAGUUGCUGCUAUAAACGAAGAAAGGAAGAAACAUGGAGAAACCUUGUUGUCCGUUUGGCCGCCGAGUCAGCAAAGUCGCGAGUAUGGAGUGAAUUGGAUGAUCGAUACGUUGUCCAAAGACUCGUUCCUCACCAAACGAUACGGAAAAUUUAAACCUGAGGAAGCCUCGGCCGUGGCGAAAUCUAUCGAGGAAGAGUCUUACGUCGUCGCGUCAAAGGUUGUGUCCGCUUAUGGGAUUAAGAAUCUUGACGUCUACGGCACAGAGAUUGGUGAUCGCAUAAACCAAUGUGCCAAGGAUCGAUGCAAAACCAAUGGGACUAUUAAAUCAACAAGUUGA